CGCCCUAAAAGAUCAAUAAUAAAUAUUGGGGUUUUAAACGGAGAUGGCAUUCAUAUUAUACGUAGACAUUAUAGUUCUGUAGGUUUUGCAGCUAAAGAUGGUGCUAAUCGGAUUUAUGGCGUAACUACUGGUCAUUGUUUUGCAGAUAAUCAUACGAAUUAUGUUUUCCAUACGCCAUGUUAUUCUCAACAGCCAUAUUUCAUUGGAACUGGUGUAAUUUAUUCCGAGGAUCCGGAUGUUGGUUUAAUCCAAGUAGCAGAACCAAAUAUCAAACUAUCGGCUACAAUACAGAACUCUGAUUCUGUAGAAUAUCCAAGACUAUUUAUCAAAGAUAGCAGAAUAAUAACCGACGCUUAUAUUGGUGCUCAUUUAU